GGGGAACCAGAGCUGCGGAGAGGCUGAGACCAACUUAGAAAUCACCAACGCUCAGCUGAAGCGUCCAGGCUCCCGCUCCAGCAUGCAGGUCUCCGCAGCCCUUCUGUGUCUGCUGCUCACCGCCGCUGCCUUCAGCACCCAGGUGCUUGCUCAGCCAGAUUCAGUCUCCAUCCCGAUCACCUGCUGCUUCGGUCUGAUCAAUGGAAAGAUCCCCUUCAAGAAACUGGAGAGCUACACAAGAAUCACCAACAGCCAGUGUCCCCAGGAGGCUGUGAUCUUCAAGACCAAAGCCAACAAGGAGGUCUGCGCGGACCCCAAGCAGAAGUGGGUCCAGAAUUCCAUGAAGCUCCUGGACCAAAAGUCCCAAACCCCGAAGCCUUGAACCUUCCUACCCAGACUGCGAGACCACCACAGUCUUAGGAAAAUCUUAUUUAUUUCCUCCCCUCACCUUCCCCGGGUGCAGAGUGAUAUUAUUUUAACGUCCUCCAAGAGGUUCUUUGUUUAAUAAUUUAAAACACAAUGUUUUGUAAACAAUAUUUAAUGGUAUUUAAGUUAUUGAUGGCUUAACUUCAUCUGCCACCUAAUGAGUGUAAAAAAAAAAAAAAAAAAGCCACAGCACCUGUUGACCAGGUUUUCUCUUCUGUGACCUCAGUUAAGUUCACGGCGAGAUGGCAUUUUUCUCUCUCUUCUCUGCCUCUGGUGCUGUGAAGCCUUCUGCCGACCAUCGGCGUGAAACACUUCUGCUUUCUUAGGAAACGAGUCCUCUUGUAAGUGGAAGUGUGCUGGGCAGUAUUAUUGUUGAAAGUGAUGUUGUCACACAACUGUGGACCUUUCAAAAUAAACAGUACAUACCUUUUUAAA